AGGAGGGACAUUCCGGUUUGGGUUGUAGUGUGUGUAUGUGUGUUUUGUGCUAAACUGAAAAUGGCGGCCCGAAGCGGAUCGUCUUAACUUUACAGCACAAUAACAAGGAUAACAAACUAUAUAGCAGCACUUACGUACGAUGGAGACAAACUUGGCUGAGGACCCAUAAUUGCUAUCCUUCAGGACCCCGUUAGAGACAUUUAACCCAUUGGAAGUCAUUGAGAGAAGUCAUGGAUGACCAACACCCUCGUUACAGCAAACGCCUGCGAACAGGAACGCGGCGGCGUUACCAGGACGAUGGCAUCUCCGACGACGAGAUCGAGGGGAAGAGGACGUUCGACCUGGACGAGAAGCUGCAGAGCGACCGAUUCAACUCCAAUUUGGUCAAACACAUGGAGGGCAAAGACUUCACUUUCGAGUACAUCCAGCGGGAGGGAUUGAGGGACCCCCUCAUCUUCGAGAAGUCGGACGGCCUCGGCAUAGAGAUGCCAGACCCUGACUUCAGCGUGAGCGACGUCAAGCUGUUUGUAGGCAGUCGCAGGAUGGUGGAUGUGAUGGAUGUGAACACCCAGAAGGGCAUCGAGAUGUCCAUGGCCCAGUGGAGGCGCUACUACGAGACGCCCCCGUCGGAGAGGGAGAAGCUGUACAACGUCAUCAGCCUGGAGUUCAGCCACACCAAGCUGGAGAACCUGGUCAAGAGGCCCGCCUCGGUGGACCUGAUCGACUGGGUGGACAACAUGUGGCCGAGGCACCUGAAGGAGAGACAGAGGGACUCCACCAACGCCAUCAUAGACAUGCACUACCCCAAAGUCCAGAAGUACUGUCUGAUGAGCGUGCAGGGCUGCUUCACAGACUUCCACAUCGACUUUGGGGGAACCUCAGUGUGGUACCACAUCCUGAGGGGAGGCAAGGUGUUCUGGCUGAUCCCGCCCACCCCCCAGAACCUGGAGCUGUAUGAGAACUGGGUGUUGUCAGGGAAACAGGGAGACAUCUUCCUUGGGGACAAGACCACUGACUGCCAGAGGAUCGAGCUGAAGCAGGGAUACACCUUCAUGAUCCCCUCAGGCUGGAUCCAUGCUGUGUACACUCCGGAGGACACCCUGGUGUUUGGAGGGAACUUCCUCCACAGCUUCAACAUCCCCAUGCAGCUCAACAUCUACAGCAUCGAGGACCGCACACGGGUGCCAGCCAAGUUCCGCUACCCGUUCUACUAUGAGAUGUGCUGGUACGUGCUGGAGCGGUAUCUCUACUGUCUCACCAACACGUCUCACCUCACCCCCGAGUUCCAGAAGCACUCCCUUGGCAUCGGUCUGACCCGCGCCGACGUCCCCGUCAACGGCCACGCCAACGACGGCACGCCGGACGACAGGAAGGACACGGAGGAGGACCGCCCCCCUGAGGGCCGGCCCGAGGCCGUGAAGAAGGAGGAGGAGGAGGAGGGGGGCGACGUGAAGGCCGAGGCCGACCCCGCUCCCCCCCCGGCCCCCACCAAGCCGGGGGUGAGGGUGAACCUGACCCCCCUGGAGCUGGAGGGCCUGUGGAACCUGCUGGGGAAGCUGGAGGAGCUGCCGGCCCACAAGAAGUGUGUCCCCGCGGGCAUCCACAACGCCCAGGCCCUGCUGCAGGACAUCCGGGCUCUCCUGGAGGAGCACGCUAACGACAACAUCAAGAUGUCUUACACAGGAGAGCCCAUCGUCAAGUGGCCCAAGAGGCCGUCGUGGUACCAGCCCCCUCCCCCUCCUCCCCAGGUGAUGUACCGGCCCCGCCUCGGCGCCUCCCUCCACCGCCCCGCCACCCCCCGGCCCAUCAAGCCCGCCUCGUCCAUCUCGGCGCUGCGGCGGCGGCGUGUGCGCUGCAAGCGCUGCGCGGCCUGCGUGAGGACGGAGUGCGGCGACUGCACCUACUGCCACGACAUGAGGAAGUUCGGGGGGCCCGGGCGCAUGAAGAAGAGCUGCGUCAUGCGCCAGUGUCUGGCUCCCUGCCUGCCCCUGACAGCCAAGUGUGCGGUGUGUGGGGAAGGGAACCAGGAGACGGAGGAGGCCAGCCCUUCUGCUCAGACCCUCAUGGAGUGCACCAACUGUGCUCAGAUCACCCACCCCGAGUGCAUCAAGCUGCCAGGGGAAGGCAGGAUCAACAAGAUCCUCCCCAGCUGCUGGGAGUGUCCCAAAUGCUACCAGGGAAAUGUUUCAGUUUCAGAGUCUUCCAGUGAUGACGACAGCGUAGCGUCCGUCGGCUCCUUCUCCUCCCGACCCCCCAAGCGGCCCCACCAGGAGGGCAGGGCGGGCGGGGGUCUGCGUGUGGGGCGGCGCGGCCGGCCCCCGCUGAGCUCGCGGCGCAUGGCGCCCCCUCCCUCCCAGAGACUGCUACUGCAGCAGCAGCUGAGCCGGAACAGAGCAGGAGCCCUGGAGCUGAGGCUGAAGAAGAGGAUCAAGAUGGAGCGCAGCAAAAUCCUGCAAGCGAAACAGGCCUCGUCCCUGGACCCCCGCUCCUCCAAGCUGCUGGCCUCCAGGGGCCUGACCCCCCUGCGCUCCCCCUCCGGGAUCUCCCGGGGGCGCAGGCUGUCCCGGGGCCGGGGCAGGGGGGCCUGGAGGGGGUCCCCUUACCGCCCCUCCACUUCCCCCGUGGGGGUGUCGCCCCAGCCGGCUCCGAGCCUGCCCCUGGAGGCCAGGGGGGAGAUGCGCAGCCGGGGGAGGGGGAGAGGGGUGAGGCUCCGGGGGGGCGGUGCAGGGAGAGGAGGGGGGAGGCACCAGGCGGAGGAGCAGGAGAGCGAGGACUCUAGCAGCAGCAGCAGCAGCAGCAGUGAUGAGGAGGAGGAGGAGGAAGAGGAGGGAGAGAGGAGGGAGAACGGACUGAGAGGAGGGGGAAGGAGGGACAAGGAGAACCGACCGCAGAGACUGGGAGGCAGGACAGCCAAAGAAGCGGAAGGGGGAGAGGGGGAGGAGAGCGAGGAGGCCAACCAAAACGGAGGCGGGGAGGACGAGGAGGCGGAUGGGGACGGAGGAGAAGGACUGCGGUCGGUGGAGCCCCCGGGGGCGAUGGCGUCGGGCGACCCCCUGAAGGGGUCCUACGUGACCGUCACGCUCCAGAGGCCGCCACGGGCCAAGCGCGACCCCUCCGCCAUCGUCCCCAAGCUGGAGGCGGCCGUCGUCGCCCCCCGCCCCGUCGCCCCCGGCAACCAGAGCUUCCUCCAGAGCCGCUCCCUCCUCAGGCCUCCCAUCAGGAACCACGGCGGCGGCGCCGACCGCCGCGGCCACGCCCACCGCAGAGGCCACGGCCACCGCGAGGAAGGCCCGCGGCGAGUGGGGCCCGGCCGGCCGGAGAGGAUCAACAACGGAGCGUCGUCCUCCCGCGUCCCCCCUCUCCGCAUCCCCCUGCUGGCGCUGCAGGACGGGGGGGGCGAGGGGCGGGAGGCGGGGGGCGAGGCGGGCUGUGAGAGGGAGGUGUGGGUGUCCGUCUUCCGCUACCUGAGCCGAGCCGAGCUCUGCGUCUGCAUGGCCGUCUGCAAGAACUGGUACAAGUGGAGCCUGGAUAAGAGGCUGUGGAUGAGGAUCGACCUGAAGAAGAGGCGUGCUGUGAGUCCUCAGGCUCUGACCGGCAUCAUCGUACGCCAGCCCGUCACCCUGGACCUGUCCUGGACUACCAUCUCCAAGAAGCAGCUCACCUGGCUGCUCAACCGCCUGCCAGGGCUGAAGGAUCUGGUGGUGUCUGGCUGUUCCUGGUCCUCUAUCGCAGCCCUCAGCUCCCCCAGCUGCCCCCUCCUGCGCACCCUGGACCUGCGGUGGGCCGAGGGGGUCCGAGACAGUCAGAUCAGGGACCUGCUCAACCCCCCAGGCUGUGACAACCGCAGCCAGCUGAGGAACAUGCAGUCGUUCCGUCUGUCCGGCCUGGAGAUCAGCGACUCCACCCUGCGCAUGGUGAUCCGCCACAUGCCCAAGCUGACCAGGCUGGACCUGUCCCACUGCGGCGGCCUGACCGACCAGUCCAUCGACCUGCUGACGGCCGUGGGCUCCUCCACGCGCAACACGCUCGUCGAGCUCAACCUGGGAGGCUGCAGCAGGCUGACGGACGUGUGUCUGCGCUACCUCCGCCGCCUCUCCUGCCUCGCCCUGCUGGACCUGCGCGGCUGCAAGGGCGUGUCCCGCGAGGCCUGCGAGGCCUUCAUCUCCGAGCUGUCCGUCAACGCCCUCUACUGCCUAUCGGAGGACAAGCUCAUCCAGAGGAUAUCCUAGAACCCGCCUCCUCCGGGGUCGGCCUGGGCUUUGAGUGUGUGUGUGUGUGUGUGUGUGUGUGCGCGCGUGUCUGUGUGUGUGUAUGUGGGGGGUGGGCACAACAUCAGGGGGUCUCUGUGUGACAGAGGGAA